AUGGCGUCCAAGCGGGAUAUGCGUCGGCCGGACCUGAUCGUCCCCUAUCAGGAGCCCAAGGCCAAGGGCGACUCCACCGAGCUCUCCUCGACGCUGUCUUCUACCCUGCCAAUGGCUGCGAUGCUUACGCGCAACAAGUUUAUCGGAUGGGCUUCCGUCGUCUUCAGCAUUCAGACUUGGCUUGGUGAGAGCGAGGAGACGAAGAAGAGCUCCGCGACGCCGGGAUACUUCUCCGUGGGCAUGUCAGUUAUGGCUCUUGCCGUCAGCUACCUGCCCCUCUUCCUCCCUCCUCCCGCCCAACGAGGCGCCGCGACUGGCACCGGUCCCGCUGCCCCCGUUCCUCCUGCGUAG